UGAUGUGCUGCUGCUCGGCUUUGAAGUUGAGAAAUGCGGGGCUAUGUUUCUUGUUUGUGGGCGAGAAAUGCGGUGAGAUAGAUAAGAAGCUUAUGUGUGUGUGAGUGUGAGAGAGAGAGGGUGCGAGAGGAAAAGGAGAAUGAAUGUGUAGCUCGGAUAUAAAAAAAAAACAAUAUUUGUCGGCUGGUGCGUCUUCUAGCAGGGGGAAAGUGGGAUGUAUUCUUCAGCCAGAGCCCCCAUCUCCACCUCCUCUUUUUACCUCCUCCAGAUUUUGACACCCCCAGUGAUCUACAUAGGCUCUGAGCCUGCCUACUCUGAGGUCAGUCGCUGAAUGGGACAGGGUACAUUAAACUACAGCGGUUUGUUCCGCAGCGAGAGAGAACACAUGUGGCAUGACACAGUGUUGAAGUAGUCCGUCGUCGUAAUACUAUUCUUCUUUUUUUUGUGGUGGAUUACGAUUUUUGAGAGUUUGUGGACUGAUUUCUUAAAAUGGAGUAAUAAUUCAACUUUUGGAAACUGUUUUUUUUUUUCUACUCUGGUUGGAUCUUCUCUGCGAUGAGUGAAGAAGCGCUAAGAAGCUCCCCCGCUGCUUUUAGAGAGUGAGGAGGAUUAGGCUGGAGCUCAGUGGAGGCACGACGGCACUCUCACACUGCAACCGGAGCUGGAGCCAUGAGCAGGGCGCUUACGGAGCACAUCAGCAGUAGCUUCCGAGAAGAUGCUCCCCGUCCUCCGGUACCGGGGGAGGAGGGAGAGGCGUCAUGCUACAAUCCCAGCAGAUCUGCCAAAAUGAGAGCCCAGAGCAAGGUUAAAGAUACCCCCGCCACCGCCGCGCCUCCCGGCUCUACACCGCGGAGGAACGAGGAUGGACUCGGGGAGCCAGAGGGCAGCGCGUCCCCGGACUCGCCCCUAGUCCGGUGGACUAAGUCCCUGCAUUUUCUCCUGGGAGACCAGGACGGCGCUCACCUAUUCAGGACAUUUUUGGAGCGGGAGAAUUGCGUGGACACUUUGGACUUUUGGUUCGCCUGCAACGGCUUCCGGCAAAUGGACUUAAAGGAUACCAAAACGAAUCGAGUUGCCAAAGUUAUUUUCAAGCGGUACAUCGAGAACAACAGCAUUGUCGCAAAGCAGCUGAAACCCGCCACCAAGACCUUCAUAAGGGAUAGUAUUAAGAAACAACAAAUAGACUCUGCCAUGUUUGACCAGGCACAGACUGAAAUUCAGUCCAACAUGGAAGAGAACGCAUACCAGAUGUUUUUGACCUCUGACAUAUACCUCGAAUACGUGCGCACCGGCUGCGAGAACGCAGCAUACAUGAACCACAGCGGUCUCGGAAGUCUGAAGCUGAUGUGCGGAUACCUUCCUCCUCUCAUGGAGGAGGAGGAAUGGAGUUGUAAUGACUUGAAGGCAAAAACGUUAGGGUCCGUGGUUGGACUCUCUACGAAAACCCUGAGGGCUACUGCUACCAUCCGGACAGCAGCUGAAGUCCUUGAGAACAGUUGCAGGUCCCAUCGUCGAGGAGACCCUGCCAGCCCCUACUUUGUCAACUCCGGCUACAUUUUUGCCCCUGCCACCAGUGCCAAUGACAGCGAGAUCUCCAGUGAUGCUCUCACAGAUGAUUCUAUGUCCAUGACAGACAGUAGUGUAGAUGGAAUCCCUCCGUACAAGCUGGGCACCAAGAAGCAGGUCCAGAGAGAGAUGCAUCGUAGUGUCAAGAUCAACGGCCAGGUUACACUACCCCACUUUCCUAGGACAUCACGGCUACCCAAGGAGAUGACCCCUGUGGAGCCCUCAGCCUUUGCUGCCCAGCUUAUAGCCAGACUGGACAAGCUGAAGCGAGAGCAGGACACCAUGAGUUCAUUGGAGGAGAGGCUGCAGCAGAUCCAGGAGGAGGAGGAAAGAGAGGACGGCAGUGACCUUACCAGCAACACCUCCCUCCAUCACCCUCUGCUCCCAUCUAGCACUCAAUGCGAAGAAGACCCCCAGGCUAUUCUAGACGAGCACCUAUCCCGUGUCCUGAAGACACCUGGCUGCCAGUCACCAGGUGUAGUGCGGCACUCACCGCGCUCACGCUCCCCAGAUCGGACGGGUGCUAUGGUGUCUUCUGGUCAAGGGCCCUUCUUUGAAGCUUAUCCUGGGGCUACCAAAGUUCUGAUGACAGGCAGGCCGUCCACAAAGCACAUCCACCAUCACUACAUCCACCAUCACCACACUGGGCCGAAGACCAAGGAGCAGAUAGAGGCAGAGGCGGCUCAGCGUGUGCAGUGCCUCUGCCCUCCUGGGGGAGCAAACUAUUCUGACUUCACCCCUGCUCGCUGCAGCACUUUGUCCAGACGGCCAGUCAAGGCCACAGAUGAGGGCGUGUCCUCACCACUCCUUCCCCUAGAUGCCACUGAUCGCUGUCAGAAUGUUUGGCAGUGGAUCCUAGAGAGUGAAAGGCAGGGCAAGCACAAACCACACAGCACUCAAGGUCUGAAGAAGUCCAGCCCACUUGACUCCAAGCCCCUGCCUGGUCGGACUCACUUCUCUUGGGGAGGAGGCGGCAUCGGCAGUGGGACUCACCUCCGCAGCCAUCAUCCUGGCCACCCAUUUAUCCAGGACCCAGCCAUGCCACCUCUGCCCCCACCCAACACCCUGGCACAGCUAGAGGAGGCCUGCCGCCGACUUGAAGAGGUCUCCAAGCCCGCAAAACAGAGGCAUUCAACAGCAGCCAGCAGCCUUCAGCGAGAAAGGAACCAUCCAGUAGCUUCCUUCCCCUCUGGAGAUAGCCCUCUAGCCAUCACUGGACUCCAAACAGACGAGUCUAAGGAACUAGUGGUCACCUACUUCUUCUGUGGUGAGGAGAUUCCUUAUCGUAGCAUGAUGAAGACCCACUGCCUCACCCUGGGACACUUCAAGGAGCAGCUUAGCAAAAAAGGCAACUACAGGUACUAUUUCAAGAAGGAAAGUGAUGAGUUUGAGUGUGGUGCCGUGUUCGAGGAGGUGUGGGAAGACGCCACCGUGUUGCCCAUGUAUGAAGGCAAGGUCCUGGGCAAGGUGGAAAGGAUGGACUAAAAGCCACUUCAUCGCCAGCCAACCAACACCCUUCCCUGCCCAACCAAAAGCUAAACUGUCCGUUAAGAAACUAGAGCAAGAGACUCGAUGUAAUUAACACUCUGGACUUCCUUUGCGUUUUUUCGUUUUUUUUAUAUAUAUUUCUUAAUAUUAAGCUAAACAGAGUUAAUAUAUCCAGCACAAGAGGAGUGAUUGAAGGAAGAUGAGCCAAUGAAGUAUACCGAAUCCAGAGGAGGUGCCGCACCUCCCUGACUUUCUCAACCAAUCAGCCUUAGAAACACAAGGGAAUGACAUGACAGCCAAUUAAAGGCCAAUACGAGGAUGAUGAGAAUGAUGAUGAAGAUGAUGAUUGGAGCCCAUGGGGGGGGGGGGGCACCUCUUCCUGAAUAUAACCACUGAAGAUGUAGAUGAGUGUCUCACCGGCUUCCGGGCCGAGUGCAACAGACUAGCACGAGCUGAAGACGCAGCUCCACCAACCUGCUCUUAAUCUUACGCUCGAAAUACGUUACAAAAACGUCUGUACAUGUGCAUAUACAUACAUGCAUAUAUGUAUAUAUACAUGUAUUAUAUAUAGAUGCUUUUUGUUAUGAGAUGAAAGUUUUUAUUAAGUAUUUAUUGAAAAAACAACCAACUACUUUUACCUUGUUCUCCCUUCCUAAGUCUUCUUAAACCUUCCUCCCCUCCCUAUUUCCAGCCAAUGGGCAAGCUGCUUUGAAUGUUGGGAGAAUACUGUGGUAAUAUUGUAUAAGUUUGUGUUUUUUGUUUGUUAUUACUUUACUCAAAGGAUGUGACACUAGCCUAGCACCUCCCAUAGCCUUGUAGCCCCGUCUGACCCAAACUAACAACCUUAGCAGUGGUCUAGUCUGCGGCGCUCUCCCUCCACUAUCCUUAUGGGCAAUCCCAGUCUAAAAUGCUGCUGAUAGUUUGUAAUGUUACGUUUGUCACACUAGCUUUUCCGAUUCCCCCCCCCCCCUUCACUUUCUGUCAGUCCAGCGACAGAGCUCAAAUCCUUUUUGUUGUGCCUUUGUUUGUAAACCAGGCAUUGCACAGGGUGGGGGGGGGUUGAAUAUAGUUACAGAUACACAUAGCAAAGACCUGUCGCACAAGUUGUACCAUCUAAUAAUGGCAGUGUUUACAGCCCGCACACCAAAAUAACUUGUGCUAACAAGAACCAGCUUGGGUCAAUGAGAAUGACUUCCUGCAGAAGUCAGCUAGCGUGUCACAAAAUACAAAAAAAGGAAAGAAAAGUGAACAUCGAAGAAUUCUGGCUCCGAUAUCCUUUGAAUGUUGUUACAAUAGCAUCGUAUAUAGUAGAGUUCCUGUAUACAUUGUAAUUAUGCAUUCUGAAGUAUGGAAACUGAUACACGUGAUACACGCUUAGAGUACAUACACAGACACAAUACACAUCAAACACUAUCGCUGGUGUUAUAUGAGUACAGCACCUGUGCCUACAUGGAUGCCAUACCGUGUGCUACCCUGUUUCAGGGUUUUAAUAUAUAUCCCUUGAUUCUCAGAAGGGUUUUAUGUUGAAAAGAUAUUUUUAUGCUUUUAAUAAUAUCCUGUAAUCAUGUUUUGUUUUUACACCAUGGCCUUUUAUUGUUUUGUUUCAUUCUAUCUAAACUGUAAAUUAUACAUUAUAUAAAGAGUUUCAUUUAAAGAUUUACAUGGACCUAUAAUUAUUGUAAUUAUUGAGAGAUGUAGCCUUUAUUAAAGUUUUAUAUUUUUCAAAUGAAA